GUGAGCCCGGACACAGCGAAAGCAAUUACAGAGCGACUCAAAACAAAAGGCUUGGUUAGUUAGCACUAUUGAACCAUCGGAGAGAACAGGCUGGACACUUAUUGAACUAAAGCGCUAGUGGGGCUGUAUCUGAAAAUUGUGUGCCAGCAAUUUCAACUUCAUUGCAAGCGGGGCCGCCUGAUCUGUACUUAGCAAAGAGCUUUCACAACUCAGGGAACCUAAGAACGAACACAACAUGAAGCUAAUCUCAGCUAUCGUUUUAAUCGUCCUGCUGUCUGUCUGGACACGAGCAAGCAGCAGCGUCCCAUUAUCAGAGACAGAAGACCAGGAUAGACAACAACAUCUUUCCAGUGUGAAUGAUCAACAGACAGCUGUCAGUACAGAGGCGCAUGGUCCCCUGAGUUCCCUGCUGCUGCGGGAGAAAAGACAAAGCCACUUCCCGAUCUGCCUGUACUGCUGCAACUGCUGUAAGAACAAGGGCUGUGGCUACUGCUGUCGGACUUAGAAACCAGAGGCCUGGGACACGUCGUCUUUGAAAUCGCUAUUUAUUAUAUGCACGGUAAUUCCAAUCGCACUGAGACCAGACUUUCAACGCUCCCAUUUUUAAACUAAAUGAGUUCGCAAUUGGAGCUGGGUGUGUAAGUGGGCCAUAUAACUGAGAGUGGUGUUUGCAAAUGGAAAUCACAUUGAACUGCAUUGGGAUGGAAUCUCUGAAGAAUGCCCCCCCCCCCCUCACCCCCCUCCCCAAGACCACAGCCAUAGACAAUUUAGAUAAUGUACAUGUCAACAUUGAUAAAUACCUGCCCUGUUCUCCACUAUUCCUGCUUGUCCUCCAAGUCAACUCAUUCGUCUCAGGUCUUAAAGCGUCUCUUGUAAAUUGGUAUUCCUCAAUCAAAACGGCCGCCUAUUUGAAAUCUGCGUUUUAACUUGUCUUUUGUUUUUUAAACACUGUGUAAAUCGUUUGCUAUCAAAACUGCUUUUUGUCUGUUUGUAUAUAACGGUAUAAUGUGUUUUAAGGUGUCUGUUUUCUAAAACUAUAUGAAAUAAAAGAAGUUACUUAAAAGGAAA